AUGGACGCCAAUGGCCCGCAAGGAAAGCUAGCCAACGGCCAUGCCGACGCCGCCUCAGGGCGGCUCCAAAUCAUAAAUGACGAAAAGAAAUUCACACCGGAGCUCACAGCGCAACUCGAGAAAUGGGGUCUACGCGACGCUGGCUUCGGCUAUAAUAUUGUUGCGGUCUUUGGUUCGCAGUCGACGGGCAAAAGUACACUUCUUAACCGUCUCUUUGGAACUACAUUCGAUGUUAUGGACGAGACACGAAGACAGCAAACGACAAAGGGCAUCUGGAUGUGUCGUGGUCGGGACAUGAAUAUCAUGGUCAUGGACGUUGAGGGAACAGAUGGUAGAGAGCGCGGCGAGGACCAAGACUUCGAGCGCAAAUCCGCCCUCUUUUCCCUUGCUUCCUCUGAGGUUCUGAUAAUAAAUCUUUGGGAGCAUCAAGUCGGUCUCUACCAAGGCGCGAAUAUGGCGCUUCUCAAGACCGUGUUCGAGGUCAAUCUCGGCCUGUUUGGAAAGAACACGGCAGGGGGGCGGACACUCCUACUUUUUGUGAUUCGCGACCAUAUUGGGCAAACACCGCUCGCCAACCUCCAGGCAACACUGACCGCAGACCUGAUGCGUAUCUGGGAGUCGCUUUCUAAGCCUCCUGAGCUUUCGGACCGCCAACUUUCAGACUAUUUUGACCUCUCCUUUACCGCGUUGCCGCACAAGAUCCUUGCUGCAGACAAAUUCGAAUCCGAAGUUCUCAACCUCCGCAAGCGUUUUACGGAGAAGGAGUCGUCUGAAUAUUUAUUCAAGCCUGUGUAUCACAAGCGUAUUCCGGCUGAUGGUGUUGCCUUUUACAUGGAGAACAUAUGGGAACAAGUUCAAAGCAACAAGGAUUUGGACCUGCCGACUCAACAAGAACUUCUGGCGCAGUUCCGUUGCGAUGAAAUAUCAACUGUUGCUCUCGCUGAGUUCAAUGAGCAAGCAAAAUCACAAAAACGUCCAGUUGAAGCUGGUCGGGUGGUUGAGGGACUUGGUGAACUCAUGAGCAACUGGAGGACAGAUGCUCUAACUCGUUAUGACCGAGAUGCCUCGCGCUAUCAUCAAGGCGUCUACAAACGCAAGCGUGCCGAUCUUGUUGCCGCACUUGAUGCAGUUCUUACCCCACUCUUCCUCGGUCAACUGAAAAAUCUGCACAAGACAUGUCUAGUUGCUUUCAAGAAGGAGAUGCUGGAUGGAUUGCGCGGCGAAGGAUAUAAUUUUGCCGACGUUGUUUCCAAAGCGAGAGUGAAAUGCUUGGGAAGGUUUGAGACUGCGGCCAAGGAGGCGCUGAUAGACGGACCCGAUUGGACAUGGCAAGAUGAGCUGGUGUCGUUGCAAGAGGAGGUGAGGAGUGUCGCCGAUCAGUGCAGGAAGGAUGAGACCAAGAAGAUGGUCAACCAAAUCGAGAGGACUUUCAAGAAACAGAUUUCAGAACCUGUCGAGCUUGCGUUGAAUAAAGCAGCGCCUGACAUGUGGGAUGACAUCCUUCGUACCUUUGCGCAAACUUUAGCCAAAGCUGAGGCUUCUUACCUGACCAAAGCUACCAGCUUCGAUUGUACUGACGAGGAGAAUUCGACAUCUCUCGCGGUUCUAAGACGACGUGCAUGGCAAGCUCUUCGCGAGAAGGUUGACGAGCAAACUGCCGAGCCCGUCAUGUUGGCGAAAUUACGUGGCCAUUUCGAGGAGAGGUUUCGAUAUGAUGCAACAGGCGUGCCACGGGUAUGGAAGCCGGAGGACGAUAUCGAUGGGGCGUUCAAGGUCGCCAAGGACCAGACGCUCGACCUUAUCCCAUUAUACUCGAAAAUUCAACCUGCCGACUCAACAUUGGAAUAUACGCUCCCUGCGGACUCGAUUGCCAUCACCACCGAUGCUAAUGAGGAGUUUGACUUUGCGUCAACGCUCGUGAUCUUCACGGAGACCAAAGGCUUGGAGCUAACCCAAAAGUUCCGGCGCGAAGCAGACGCAUACUAUGUCGAGGCCAAGCGGAGCACGGUUGCAAGCAUCGCUCAAAUUCCUUAUUGGAUGUAUGGUGUGCUGGUCGUGUUGGGCUGGAACGAGGCCAUGGCCGUCUUGUUUAAUCCACUAUACUUCACAUUCUUGCUCAUUGGAUUGGCUUCCGCAUAUGCCAUCGUGCAACUUGGACUUGUAGGUCCGUUGUUCAGCAUAACAAGGACUGUCGGUGGAGAGAUCCAAAGGCAGGCGGGCGCUCGUUUGAGAGAACACUUCUCGCAGCCUGUAUUGACCGAGCCUGUACCCGUGCGGAAUCGCACCUCGUCACGACAAGAAGAGGAAGACGAGGAUGGGGUGUUGGAGCGUCGUCGGCCACAGGUCAUGUGA